AUGGCAGCUGUAUAUGGCAGGCGAGGGCUGGCCUGCGCAGAGAGAGAAAGCGAGAAAUGUGAUACACUGACAUGCAGGAGGCUCCCCGUCAACGUGGCAUGGCAGCGGACCGAGGCCACGACUGGUCUGGAGCGCCGCACAUGUCGGGUAGGGGACCGGACUUGCAGACUUGCAGUGAAUAGUGAUCGAGGGGCACAACCCAUGGAGAGACUUGGAUGA